AUGAUGCCCACUGCCCUCCCGCCCAUGGCGACGCCGUUACUUGACGAGACGCCUGUCGUCUCCCUCCCACACGCUGGCACUCCUACGAACCACAACAAUGCUACUUCCGUCCUCAAUAUUUCUACAAUAAUCGAGCCCCCCGCGCCUUUGUCAACCCAGAAUAAUGGCACUGUGACCUCCUCCGAGCGACCGACCAGUACCGUGGUGAUUGUGUUCGGUCAGAAUCAAGAACAUAUUGUACACAUGGUGGCCGAAGUGCUUGGGAAACCAUGGACUACAGAGACAUCUUUGGCAGCGCUGAACAAGGCCGGUGAUGUAGUCGUGAUCGGAGUUUCGGCGCAAAACCUACACCGCAGUUUGGAGGGGUGUGACAGAUCAUCGCUCAUGUUAAUCAACACCCACUGCGUGGAAGACGGAUCCGCGCCGGAUGAUACCUUGUCAGAAACAUGCGACUAUGAGUUUCUGUACUCGCACAGUGCGUUCCUUCGCCGGGAUCUUACACGCUUUUUGUCGUUGAUUUUGGGCCAGACGAGACCGCAUGAAGAUCUGCGCACUAAGACCCGGACCAAUUUUAUUUCGACAACUUUCCCGGACGUGCAUGCGGCGUUGCCGAAUCUGGAUAUUCUCUCUGUUGGCUCAGACGCGGUAGAAAUCCGUGUGGAUUUGCUGAUUGAGCCUGGAUCAAAAGGCUCGGUACCGAGUCUCAAGUACGUCGGUCAGCAGUUGAUGUUGCUUCGCCAGCACACGGAAUUACCUAUUAUUUUUACGACACGGUGCACCAAGGAAAAUGGAAAAUUUCCUAUGGAUGACCCCUCUCUGUUUUACAAGUAUCUCCGACGGGCGAUCCAGUGGGGUGUCGAGUAUGUUGAUGUGGAACUUUGGCUUCCAGAGGAUAUCCGGCGACGGCUGGCUCAGGUCAAAGGCCAUAGUACUAUUAUGUCGGCUUUCCAUGAUUUCUCAGGAACAUGGAAGUGGACAUCCCCCGAGGCCCAGCGCAUUUUCGACGAGGGCGCUAAAUAUGCCGACAUUGUUAAGAUGAUCGCUAUGGUAUCUACAAUGGAAGAAAACUACGAGCUGGAGUAUUUCCGUUCCACUAUCAAAAACCGUGGCGAGGGCCCCUUGUUAUCUGCCGUGAACAUGGGCCAGCUGGGCCAGCUCUCUCGUGCACUCAACACCGUCUUCUCUCCCAUCACCCACCCUCUUCUUCCUAUGAUCGCCGCUCCGGGCCAGCUGACCGCGGCCGAGAUCAACGAGGCCCUGCAUAUCAUGGGCCAAUUGCCGAAACGCGACUUUUACGCUAUUGGCUCAUUCCGCGCAACGCCGCAUUCAAUGUUCGUGGAGAAAUGUCUCAACGAACUAGGCCUACCGCACUCAUUCAACUCCAUCGACCGCGGGCCCAAAGGUGCCAUGGAGUCCGUUAUGGCGCAGCCACAAUUUGGCGGCGCAUCAGUCAACCCCCCAAUCCCCAGCUCAACGACCUACAUCCCCGCCGUGAGUGACGCAGCGCGCGCCAUCGGCCUCGUCGACACCAUCGCCAUGAACACAGUCGAUGGAACCGCUAAUUUCAUCGGCGAGAACACCGCUUGGAAAGGUAUUCGCGCAACUCUAACACGCGACCACGUACCCUCUGCCUACCGCGGUCGAGCAGCAAUCAUCCUAUCUGGUUCCGAAACAGAUGCAUCAGCUGCUAUCUUCGCUCUACGCAAUCUGGAAGUCGGUCCCAUCUACACUGUUGGCUUCAAAGCUUCUGGCCCCUUGGCUGCCGGUCUCGAACCUUUUACAUCCAUCCAAUCCGUCAAACUAGUUGAGCAGCCUUUCGUCAUCGUCUCGGCCCUCCCACCCGAGAAAUCUCUUUUAGUCCAGCCUCUUCUGCGUCAUUAUCGUAGUAACGGUCGUUCGUCCCCGACAACGACGCGCGGGAAAGUUUAUCUGGAUUUGACUACUGGGUCUCGAAAGGGUGAUCCGCUCGCCGUGGCUACUAGUGCGGGGUGGACGGCCUAUGGAUCGGAAGAUGUUAGUGCAUGGACUACGGUUGAGACUUUGAGGUUGCUUGUUGGGCAGAAUGUGCCAUUUGACUUUGUGCGUAUGGCGUCUGGGCGCCCUCUGUUCUAG